AUGGUUCAAUUUAUGGAAAUCAAGGAUGCUAUUGAGCAUUUCAAGCAGAACAAGUUCGUCAUUGUCAUGGAUGAUGAAGACAGAGAGAAUGAAGGUGACCUGAUCUGUGCCGCUGCUAAUGUCACACCGGAACACAUUGCUUUCCUAGUGAGACACUCUUCUGGUUACGUUUGUACGCCAAUGAGCAAUAAAAUUGCCGACAGACUGGAUUUGCCACUAAUGAGAGACAACCUGAAGUGUGAGAGUGCUGACGACGACAGACACGGAACUGCUUACACCAUCACUGUAGAUGUCAGCGAAGGUACCACCACUGGUAUUUCCGCCCAUGACAGAGCGCUAACCUGUGCGAAGCUAGCUGACCCUUCUGCUAAGCCAAAGGACUUCUUGAAGCCAGGUCACAUCUGCCCAUUGAGAGCUAAGGACGGUGGUGUUAUCACAAGACAAGGUCAUACCGAAGCUGCUGUUGACCUGUGUAGAUUAUCUGGUCUGCCUGAAGUUGGUGUCAUCUGUGAAUUAGUUAACGAUAGAGAUGGGUCCAUGAUGAGAUUAAAUGAUUGUGCAGAAUUCGGUAAGAAGUUCGACAUUCCAAUCAUUACCAUCCAAAGUUUGAUAAAAUACAUCAAGGAAAACAACUUGUGA